CUCGCGCAUCGAUUGGCCAGGUCGACUCUUCUGUCGGUUUUCAUUGGUUUGUGAUAAUGGUAUUUCACUCAUCUUUUGCCCAUGUAAUUUACUAUUAAUAUUGUAUGUGGUUGCUGGCAUAGGUGCGGAUCAUUUAUAACAUACGAAAGGGAGAAAGACAGGUGUCCACAAGAGAGGAUGCGCAUAAAAUAUUUUUUUUUUCUUCUCCUCGCUCCCUUGCGAAUGCCAUGAUGUGGGAAUGGAGUUUCCAGCUGAGACAGGAGUUGCGUGUCCAAAAUGUAGACAUUUGCAUGUAAUCAAGAGAUGAGGAUAAGCACUAAGAAUGUUUUGCGCAAAAUUGAAAGACCUGAAAAUCUCUGGAGAAUGCCCGUUCUCCGGUAUCGGUCGUAUGGACGAACCCGGAGACUUUGAGGAAUGUACAAGUGACCAUACCGGGGAUGUACUGGCAAUUUCCAAGGAUGUGUAUGGAAAUGUAUCAGAGGUGCUACCUCAAAGGAAGACAAGCAAGACUAGAGUCAAUCUUCAUUCAUUAGGGGAGAGCAUCCGCAAAUUGGCAUGUCCCGAGUUUCAAAGACUGCAUACUGCCUUUCUGCAAAUGAUGAAACAGCAUACGUUAGACAAGAAAUGCCCUUCCGUGUGUUACGCAGACAUCUGUCAAGAUAGGAGCUUUGAUCGACCAGAGAAUUUAAUGGAGAUCAUGAAGAAUUAUUCUCUAAAAACAGGUAUUCACAUGGACGCUUUGAAAGUCUCCCUUGGUGAGGAGCUGUUCCAAACAUGCUUCGAUGAGGAUGGCCAUAUUCUGCGGGUAGUGGGGGGAGCCCUCAGCGACUUCCUGAACAGCUUCAAUGUCCUGUUGAAACAGAGCUGCAGCCCAAACCCGCUAGCACCAGCCGCUCUGCAAGCCGAACCAGACAGGAGAACAGAUUAUGUAAACAAUGAAGAAGCGUCGGUGCUGUGCCUGGACAAGGAUCUGGGUCUGCUCACCGUCUACUACUUCAACCCCAGGCAGACCACGGAGCUCUUCUUCCCUGGGGUCAUCAAGGCGGCCGCCCGCCUGCUCUACGACACCACUGUGGAGGUGUUGAUGGACAUGGAGAUGGACCUUCAAGGAGGCACCAAGGAGAGCGUAGGCCCCUUGCAGUUUCAGGCUGGGCCCCGGCAGCCCAGCCUGCUCUACUCGGUGGUGGUGAAGAACGCCAAGAGCCUGAGCCCCAGUCCCAUGAGGGCCACGUCAGUUGGGACCAUGCCCACCUUGCUCUUCUCCUCCACCUUCCCCUUCCACCUCUUUCUGGAUCAGGACCUGGGCCUGUUGCAAAUCGGGGAUGGCCUCCGGAAGAGACUUAGCCGGAAGGAAGGCCUGAGGCGGCCCACUGCCUUCCUGGAGCACUUUGCCAUCGUCAUGCCCCAGAUCAGGUGCACCUUCCAAGGCAUCUUGACUAUGCUGAACACACAGUUCAUCAUUCGGAUAAAGCACCAAGGUGGCUCCAUGGCCGAUGACACAGGGAGGCUCAUGGACCUGAAAGGCCAGAUGAUCUACAUCUCAGAGUCCAAUGUCAUCCUCUUCCUGGGCUCCCCGUGCGUAGACAAGCUGGAGGAGCUGACUGGCCGGGGCCUCUACCUGUCUGACAUCCCCAUUCACAACGCCCUGCGCGACGUAGUCCUGGUGGGCGAGCAGGCCAAGGCUCAGGAUGGCUUGAAGAAGCGCCUAGGCAAGGCCAAGGCGGCCCUGGAGCACGCUCACCUCGCCCUGGAGGAAGAGAAAAAGAGGACGGUGGAUCUGCUUUUCACCAUUUUCCCAGGGACGGUGGCCCAGGAACUUUGGCAAGGCCACACGGUGGAUGCCAGGGAGUUUGAGAAUGUCACCAUGCUGUUCUCUGACAUCGUGGGCUUCACGGCCGUGUGCUCACGCUGCACACCUAUGCAGGUGGUCACCAUGCUCAAUGAGCUGUACACACGCUUUGACCACCACUGCGGGGAGCUGGAUGUAUACAAGGUGGAGACUAUCGGUGAUGCGUACUGUGUGGCCGGUGGCUUGCACAAGGAGAGCGAGACUCAUGCAGUGCAGAUUGCCCUCAUGGCGCUGAAGAUGAUGGAGCUGUCCGAUGAGGUCAGGACGCCCACUGGUGAGCCAAUCAAGAUGAGAAUUGGCCUACACACUGGCUCAGUUCUGGCCGGUGUUGUUGGCGUGAUGAUGCCGCGCUAUUGUCUGUUUGGCAACAACGUCACAUUGGCAAAUAAGUUUGAGUCCUGUAGCGUACCUAGAAGAAUCAACGUUAGCCCCACAACCCACAGAUUGCUGAAAGAUUGUCCAGAGUUCGUCUUCAUUCCCCGGACCAGACAGGAUCUUCCGCCAAACUUCCCGCCGGAUAUUCCUGGUGUUUGUUACUUCUUGGAGGCUUUUGAUCAAUGGUCGGGCAAAACCACAAGUGACUGUGAGACCGAUGAACCAUGCUACAGCAAUACAAACUUCAUGGCUGAGCAAACAUAGAUGGUAUGAUGAGACACAGCCAAACCUGGGUUCAAUUAAUAUUUUAAAUCUUUGAGCGUUUGAUUGAGCCUGCCUGGAGCACCAAAUGGGCAGUUUGCACUUUUAGCAAUAUUCCACUGGAUUCAUUGCGCAAUGCAAGCUCAAUCGAGCAGAGCUAAAGUAUUUGAAAGAAACUAAUAUUUGUACCCAGGUCUAAAUACAGCUASCACCCGUUGCUGUAGAUUUCUUUAGGUGAUGUAGAAAUGUUGAUUAUUCUCCUACAAAAUCGCUAGAUGUACAUUUUGUAUGCUUUCACUGAUUUAUUCACCUCACCAGAUUCACAUACUUUCUUACACUGUAAUUACACUACAACUGCCUAUGUAACUACCAUGUAAAUACAUAGGUAUUAAUCACACAUUGGGACUUAAAGGGAUAGUCACCCAAAUUACAUCGGUUUUCUUACCCUGUAUGCAGUCUGUGAACAAGGUAAGAAAGCAAUCCAUACUUUAAUUUGAAUUAACUGCUCUCCAAAUGCAAGUCAAUAUCCCUGCAUUUUUCGCCUCUCACCUUGUCCUUAGACUGCAUACAGGCUAAGUGCCAAGCAUAUGCAAUUUUGUAAUUUGGUUAAACUAUCCCUUUAAAGAGAAUUACACAAUAACUAAUGUCACGGCAUGGCUAGAACACAAUGAAUGUGGUUCCAUUACAAUUAGCAUUUAUUCCUGUGAUUAUUUUUGUAUUGUCCAAGCGACAAUAAAUAUUGUGAUUAACAGAUU